ACCCUGUACCACACUUUUUUUAAAAAAUUUGCUGCAAUUAGCACGUACGCACUGCAAAGAAACGAACGCCGUGCACAUCCCCGUCAUAUUCUGUUACUCCAUAGUGUUAGCAGUUAGCAUAGAAAGAAAAUAGACCCAACUUCAAACGGCAAAAAAAAAAGUUUGUCGUCCAAAUUGAGCGGUGGUUUUUUAUAUCAACAUUACACCGCACACUGACCCCGUCUUGUCAAUCAGUACUUGAGCGUUGCGUCCCUGAAACAGCUCGCCCUUGUCCUACGUCGAAAAAGAGAGCGUCCCACCAGCCCGUGAGACUCCCAGACCCGUUAAUUCGCACUCUCUGACCCCCUUGAAGAAAGCACCCCCCCGAACGCUUUUCCUUCCAACUUUGAUGAGUAUCCAUAGGUAAGCCACACAACAUCACAUAGAAGAGAGUAUUACCACAGCAUGGCUCCAUCCACAAACACAGCUACGGGUCCGCACCGUUUCCGGUCCAGUGCUGCCAGUUUUUCACCAGCUCAACCAGCGAAUAUUCAGAUCCAACAACAGCAACAACAGCAACAGCAACAACAGCUUCAUCCAGCACAACAACAUCCUGGACAACUUCCGGGACAGCAUCCAGGCCAACAUCCGGGCCAACACCCUGGACAACAACAUCAUCUCCAUCAAGCACAACAACAAGCUGCAGCCCAACAACAAAUGUACCAACAGUACAUGUAUGGAGGAGCUCCUCCACCAAUGUCAAUGAACCCAUACUACCCAUACAUGCCCAUGGCUGGCCAAGCACCAUAUAUACCUAUGCCAACGGCCGCAUACACCCAAUUCAUGUACCAGCCGUACAGCUAUGUUCCUCCGUACCAAGCACAUCCGUACCAGGGAGGAUCUAGUCCUAAUAUCCAUCACAAGAGUAGUCACGGUGGUGGCUAUAGAAAUAAUCAUAAUAAUAACUACAACAACAAUCACCAUAAAAGUGGACGAACAUCGAAGAACAUGUCGGCAGAAUCAAAGGAUAAUGAUAAGUUGAGGUCAGAGACGUCGACUGUGUCUAAUUCCACGGCAGCCACACCUUCAGCCAGCAUUCCCUCGACACCAACCCCACAAGCGGCUACACCUACCACGCCUGCUACCAAGGUAACCACACCAAAGGAGGAAGACAUCAAAAAGACAGGAGAAGAAGAUGUGAAGAAAGAAGAAGUAAAAGAAGAAGUAAAGGUUGAAGAAAAGAACGUAGAGGUGACAAAGACAGAAGAUACUCCAUCCAUAGAAAAAUCUGUUGAUAGUCCCAAGGAAACCAACCCUAAUAACAUAUCAGUGGCUGAUGAUACAAUUCUUACCACCGAGGAUAUCCCUAACCAAGCCAUGAAAUACCCUGUAUACUUUAAUUGUACUUCCAGUGAAUAUGCCAAAGAAUGGAAAGAUACUAAAGAUCAAAGGGUUCAACUUCAAAAGCAAAGAAAUGAACAACUCGAGACAAGUGUUUUCCAUGAUAAGACGCCCAAAAUAAUAAUUAAUAAAGCACCAACCUCCAAAAUUAUAGAUUAUAACAACAACUCUGGAACAAACACCGUCGCCACCACUACCACCACAGAUGCCGAACUUAAUGACACAACCACCAAGGCGAAAUCACCUAUUGCAAAGACCAUUCCCACAUCAAAGAAUUGGGCUGCUGUAUUACAAACGUCCAAUCCUGUGAGUAAUAAAAAGAGUGCAAAUGGUUCUUCCAACACGAAAGGGACCAACUCGCAAAAGGGUGCAUCCACCACUAAUACUACUACUCCUGCUGCUACUACUACUACUACUACUACUGCUACUACUGCUUCCUCUACUACUGCCACUACUACUUCCACUGCCACUACCACUACCUCUCAAGAUAAGAGCCAUUCACUUGGAGCCGAAUCACCUCAACCAUUGGGGAUUAUUCUUCUUAAAUUGAUGUAUGACCCUAUUUAUUCCACACUCACUUCGAACCGUGACAUUCCGAUUUUCCGUAUCAAACCAAGAGGGUUGACCAACACUGGGAAUAUAUGUUAUAUGAAUGCUGUCUUACAAACAUUACUUUACUGUGAACCUUUCAAUCGACUUUUGAAAUUGAUUGAAUUGAAAUCGAUUGGAUCAAUGGUUAAUAGUACUACACCUUUAUUGGAUAUCACCACUACAUUCUUGGAAGAAUUUUCUAAAUCAUCUUCAAAGGCAUUAUCACCAGAAAAAUUUUAUUUCAAUUUAAUUAAAUUAAAUAAAUUUAAUCAUUUGAAAUGGGGACAACAAGAAGAUGCAGAAGAAUUUUUAGGAUAUUUCUUGGAUGGAUUACAUGAAGAAUUUAUUUCAUCCAUGAAAAGUUUAACUAUUCCUCAAGUUGAUUAUUCAAUUCAACAGAUGAAUGAUGUGAAUUAUAAAUUGAAUGUUAAGAACACCAUGAAGAUCAUUCAAAAGUCUAAGAAUGGAUCAUCUAAUGAAGAAAGUAAUAAUAAUCAAGAACAAGAAGAAGAAGAAAAUGAUGACGAUGGAUGGUCUGAGGUUGGAACUGGUAAAAAGGUUACAGCCAAGAGAACUGUUGAAAUUGAACCAUCACCAGUAACCAUGUUAUUUGGAGGACAAUUCCGAUCUGUAUUAACUGUACCAAAGAGUAAAGAAUCACAAUCCAUAACAUUAGAUCCUUUCCAAUGCAUUCAAUUGGAUAUUUCAGACUCAAGAAUCACCACCAUUGAAGAAGGUUUGAAAGUAUUCAAUGAACCAGAAAAUAUCUCAUACAAAUCUUCAUCCAAUAAAGAAGUUAUUGCUAAAAAGCAAACAUUUAUUGAUCAAUUACCAAAUGUUAUGUUAAUUCAUUUGAAAAGAUUUGCAUAUCAACAAGAAGAAAAUAAUGGAAUUAAUGAAAAAUAUGAUGAUGAAUACACUAAUAAUAUAAAUAGUACCACUACUAAUAAUAAUGAAAAGGAAAUGAUGAAUGGAGGAGGACAUCCACAUCUUGGAGGAGUUGAAAAAAUAAGGAAAAAGGUGAAAUAUUCACAUUCAUUGACCAUACCACUGGAAUGCAUUUCUUCCGUUGCCCGGAAACAAGCCACAUCGAAAACUUAUAGGCUUUUGGGAGUUGUUUACCAUCAUGGAAGUAGUGCAGAAGGUGGCCAUUACACUUGUGAUGUGUUGAGAAGAUCAUCAGUAUUUGAUGAAGAAGAAGAAUUGAUUGGGAAGAAAUAUGAUAAUGAAUGGAUAAGAAUAGAUGAUACACAAGUAUCAACCAUUGAUAAGGUUGAUGUACUCAAUGGAGAAGAAGGUACCAAGACUGCUUAUAUUUUGAUGUAUCAAAAGGUUUAGUUUGCAUAGUAUUUGUUACUUUUACAGUAGGAAAUAAACAACAUAAGAGACGAUAAUGUAGAAAGGAUAAUGUACUAAAGA